UCAAGUAAAACUAAGAUCCGAAAAAUCGCUAGUUAGUGGUGAAGCGAAACUGGUUGGAAGUUGUGAGCUUGGCAGCAAUGUCAAUUGAAUCCGAAAGGGCUAAAGAUGCGCUUUGGUACAGCUUUUUUCUUGGGAUUGGCCCUUUGCCUUCUGCUACUCCUUCAUACCAGUUCUUCGGAGGCAAGAAAAAGAAAUCAGAACAGGGCAGCAAAAUCUCGGUCGUCAUCCAAUCCGAUUGCAGCAAUUGAGUACUUUGAUGAGCCUGAGAGACAGCGUACUUCAAUGCGCAACGGUUUUAACCCGGGCGAUGCCGAUUAUGGUAGCAAGAUAUGGGAUCAAGAUAAAAAUUUACUUAGGCACCAGCAUUUAACUAAACGGUUGAGUGGUGGCGCGAAGCCGGGCGCUGCUUUCUUCAAUCAGUGCCGUUCCAUAUUCAAGGAGGAGAACUUUGCAGCCCGUGUUGUAACGGGAAUACUGGAUGCGAUUACGACACGGCUUGAACAGCUCUGCGCUGACAAAGGGAUCCAUCCAUUUUAUAAAAAAAUGGUCGCUGGUAAUCUUUUUUGCCAUACUAAUGUACUGGAGACCAUGGACAUGCUUCUCGACCUUCUAUUAGACCAGGUGGAAAAGCGUUGUGAAGACCUACCCGGAUUCCAUAGUAUUUUUCUCUUCACCAAAUGAACAGAUAAUUAAGAUGAACUAUGCCUGAACCUGAAAGAUUUCAGAGAAACAGUGUACAGAAAAAUAUAUGUAUUUUCCAGGACACAAUUUAAUAUUUAUACGCAAAUAAAGCAAAUAAAACUUA